CGCACACACAUGGACAAAAGGAUGGGGUUUGGAGAGUUGCCACAACCGGUCUCACAGUCAGUCGGCUCUCAACAACAUUGAUGCCAACCGAAGCUGAUCCCUCUUUCUUUCUCCCGUCAUGCUUUCCCCUUUACUCUGAAAAAAAGUUGAAUUUUGGGUGAUCCCUUUUUCCAGGUUGCUUAGAAUUUCAGAUUUUUUUUUUUUGCUUUUUCCUACUUCCUUCGUCGCCCUCACUGCAAAUGAAUUUUGGAUAUGAGCUUAGGCAUCCUGUGUAGGAUGUUUCCCGGAAGCAGAAACGUUGAUUCUGGCCCUCCGAUCUGACCAGUCGGAGUGGGACACUAGCCAGGGGUUCAACAGGUCCUCUCCUGGCAUCGACACCCCUGGAAUCAUGCCCCAGACUCCAGCAUCUUACUCUCAGUAUAAAUCGGAGGAUGGCAGGGCGUCUUCAGCCACCCGUCCUAGCUCCUCGGGCUCCGGACAGACCUACACUCCCACCUUGACCCCAACCCCCACCCCGACUCAAACCCCCAGCAACAGCUCUGGUAACAAUGCUGCCUACAAAACAGACUCGUUGCUUUUCAACAAGAUCGACGAGAGACAGAGGUUAGCCCGUGAGCGUCGGGUGGAGCGUGAGAAACAGAAUGCUGUCAAAGAGGCCCAGUGGCAAGCACGUGAGGAGCGAGCCAGGCAGCACUAUGAGAAGCAGCUGGAGGAGAGGAGGAAAAAGCUGGAGGAGCAGAAGAUAAAGGAGGACAAGAGACAGGCUGCCGCAGAGGAGAAACGGCGGCAGAAACUUGAGGAAGACAAGGUUCGUCAUCAGAUGGUGAUGCGUCGGACGUUGGAGAGAAGCCAGAAAACCAGACAGAAACCCGUCCGGUGGUCUUGGGGAGGGGCACUUCACACAAACACUCCCAGCACGACAACCGGUUUUGUCGAGUCAGCUUUCCUCUGUCCACUCGACCUUGCUGGACUGGAGCACAUGCAGAGUGCUUUCAGUCUCUACCGCAGAUACGGAGUGACCUCCCAAUAUGCUGAGAGGCGCUCAGUGUCCACAAUGAAUUUAUCCAAACACACAGACCCUGUGUUUACCAAGCGCCUCUCCUACUCCUCUGCCACACUUGUACACUCACCAGACCGAGGCUUACAGAUGAGAACAUCCUCCUCCCCUGUCAUUAGCAAAGUUCAGUCAAAACUCCGCCUACACCAGGGACAGACCACCCAGCACAGAAACACAGGCUUGCGCCGUCUUCCGUUGACGCCAUGGGAGAGCAAUGUGGUGAACCGCCUGCAGCAGCCAACACACUCCUACCUGGCUCGUAGCCGCAGUGCCAUGAGUCUGUCUGGAGAGCAAACAGCCAUUCCUGUUUGUCCUCGCUCAGUGUCCUGUCACCCCAUGGGCGCCAUGUCCUUCAAAGCCCUGCAGGCUCAGCCACUUCCUCACUGCCGCAGCCAAGAGAGGAACCUCAGCAGGGGGGCGGUCUUGUCCACCACGACUGCUCGCAGGAGGACCACUGGCAACACACAGCAGAAGGACCGUGACCAUGUCAGGAAGUCGUGGAGCAACCUCUCACUCCCAUUGGCUCCCAUUCUGAGCUUGCCCCCCAAAAAGCCCUCCUUUUCUCCAAGCAAGAAGCCCAGCAAAGUGACCUUUCCCUCUCCUGGCAGGCCUCCCCAAAAGACAGGAGGGCGCCCUCCAACCCCCAAGCAGCUGAAGUCUCCUGGGACAGAGGACCCUGGAAAUCUUCGUCCAUACAGGAUAACGCCUGAGAGCCCCCAGCCCACCAGAGCCCAAGAAGGGGAGCAGGAAGAGCCGGUCCUUAGUCCUCUUCAGCCUCGGCCUCAGCCCCUGGGUCAGAACAAGACCAGUAAUGAGCAGACACCAGCUGCAGCCAGCGAGAGUGUAAGCAGUCCUCCAGCCCACAAGUCCUCAUCAGGCACCACAGAUCCAGAGGAGGCGAGUCGGAUCCUGACUGAGAAUCGUCGGCUGGCCCGCGAGCAGAGGGAGCGAGAAGAAGAGGAGCGCAAGCAACAGGAGGAGCAGCGCAGGUUAGCAAAGGAGGAGAUGGCUCGCCGUAAGGCCGAGGAGCGGGCAAAGAGAGAAGAGCAGGCUCAGCGUCAGGCGGAGGAGAUGAGAAGGAAGGAGGAAGAGGAGAGAAAGGUGGAGGGAGAGAGGCUUCAGAAAGAGAGAGAGGAGGCAGAGCGACUGCUGAAACAGAAGGAAGAAGAAGAGUCUCGACAGAGAGAGGAGGCGGAGCGCCUGAGGCAGGAGAGAGAGAAACACUUCCAGAAAGAGGAGGCUGAACGCCUGGAGAGAAAAAAGCGUCUGGAGGAGAUCAUGAAGAGAACAAGACGUUCAGACCCAACAGAGAAGAAAGCUGUUCCCCACAGGAAUGGAAACACUGCAGGGACCCCCGCCGCCCCGAGUCCCUCUGAAGUGACUGUGUCACCAACACCCAAUAGCAACGGUCGCCAACCUGAGCCCAACCCAAACCCCAUCACCACCGCACUGAGCCAUCCUGACCAGAGGGAAAACGGGGAAUUUGAAGAGGUGAUUGUACUGCCUUCACAUUCCAGGUUGUCUCCUCCUGAGGGAGAGGAGCAGCAGCCGGAGGGGGAGGAGAGAGUUCCUGUCUUAGCCUUCAGGGAGAACGGCCUCUUAAAGCCUCUAGGCGGAAUUGAGGACAUAUCAGCCCAGCAGGGACCAGAUGUUGCCUGAUGCCCUGUUAGACCGACAUGAUUCCACACCCAGAGAGACAGGAAGUGAGAUGGCCAGUAAGAGGU